AUAGGGACUGGUCCCCCUUGACAGUGCUUGACUCACAUCCACAGGAAAAACCUGUGGUGAGCAUCCAUCCCAAAUCAGGACCCCCUGAGGCAUGCGGCCAUCGGCUGCGCAACCCUAGCCUCGACGUCGAAGUGUCGUGCUAAUCUUUUUGACAGCAACCUUUCUCUUCCGAAAACUUCCACGAGUGUAUGUACCAUACCCUACAUUGCGGCGCCCGUGCGGUGACAAGAACUCGUUGCACAUCCGAGUUGACAACUGUGGCAGUGCGGCCCUCUCGCCGAGGGUAAUCGUCUGACUCGGCAGCGCCCAAUACUAAAUUGGCCAGGCUCGUUGAGCCGACCUAUUAGUCCGCUGCACCCAUUCAAGCUCGCUGUAUUACCUACUAUGCAGGGCACUCCCGAACCUAUACUCGGCUCGAAACGUGCCCAUAGCCCCCGACCGCCUCCGGCUAAACGAGCGAAAGCUGCCCAAGCUUGUUUUUCAUGUAGAAAACACAAGACUCGAUGCGAGGUGCUGGAUGGAGAGUCCGGAGUGCAGUGUCAUCGCUGCAAUGUACUAAACUUGACCUGCUCAUUCGAGGAUACCAAAUGUCCCUCUGGCGCCUCCAGCACGCGUGUCCAGGCACAUGCCGCUGACGUACCGAAGGUCGACCGACGUGCAUCCCUACCAGCCUCUUCAAGCAAAGUGUCGGAGGUGGUUCUGGACAGCUCCUUCGACCCGCCAAAAGGCGUCCUGAAGGCAUGGGAGAGUCCCGCUCCCGACUCCCCGUCCUCAUUCAGGGACCAACCCCCAGAUAAGGUCGAGGUCGACCUUUCAGACCCAAAACGUCUCUUGCCUGAGCAACAACGUCCGUGGGGGUUAUUGAAACUCCCUGGUGGCUUCGACGGCACUACCGUACCAAUGCUCGCGAUGCAAGCUCUCAUUCGUUCAGGCAUCAACGGGGAGGAUGUUCUCAAGAGCAAAAUCCAACAAUCGCUAUUCCAUAUCCUCGGUAGGGAGCGAAUGCAAUAUCUCACAGACAUUUUCGAAGAAUGUUAUAAUCCCUGGCUUAACCUACAACCAAAUCAUCACAGCGACAGCCCUUUUGUUCAACUUGCCCAGUGCUGUGUCGCAUCCCGCCAUCUUGACCCACCAAUCCGAUCAAUCGUCACCCCACAACUGUAUCGGCUAGCAGACGAGGCAAUGUUCAAACAAGUCUUCAGUCCCUUGCCAUCUACUGACGCAAUCCUUGCCACCAAUAUCCAUUCUCUUUGGGUGCCUGUCGGUGACUCAGCAUCCAGAGAGACGCGCGAUGGUCGCUUGCUCGCCACGGCAGCUGUCAGCAUGGCCAUGAACCUCCGCUUGAGCGAAGCUAUGACCUAUGCGUUGACCCUUGGCAAGCAAAAGAAGCCCAAUGAACCUCCAAGUUCGGAACUCGUAGAAGCACUUGAUAAAGCGCGACUUUGGUUCUCCCUCAACAAUGUUGAGACCAUGCUGUGUCAUGGUACAGGUCGUGACCCGAUAUCAGAUUGCAGCAAAUUGGUGCAUGAUGCCAUUGCAACGACCUCGGUGGCCACUGUGCCAUUGGCCCGAGACAUGCGACUAAUGCUUACCUCUCGCCUACUUGCCCUCACUGCCCACGGCCUUUCGUUACGACUUCAGUCUAAAAACGACCUCGGUGUGUUUUACAGGGAUGUGAUUGAUUUCCUUGCGCGUAUGGACAACCUCGAACAUUUGAUUGCCCCAUUUACUGUUCUAGCAGGACACGAAGUCUUCUAUUUCAGCAUGCUGCAAUUUUAUUACCAGACGCACCGGCUGAUGGUCAUCCUGCACGUGGUGAUGGAGUUAAAGCGGGUAUAUGAACACGACAAGCUGGAAGAGCCUUGGUUCGAAAGCGUGGAACAUAACGGAGUUAAGCUCGUUGUGAGCUGGGGGUCCCAGGCAAUGGCGAUUGCAGAUAGUGCUCUGAUAACCAUACUUUCGCGGCGCGAAGACCGACUUCUGAGUGCUGCACCGGACCACUUCUUCGCAAUGGUAAUGCUUGCGACGUUGUAUAUCAUUCUUUGCAAGUGGUCAGCGGCAGAGAGGGGCGGUGAACAGCUUCCUGGGUCGUCCGACCUGCUCCUCUCCCGGACGAUAGAGCUAUUGUCUCGAAUAUCCUGUUCGGCAGACCACAGUGCAGCCAAGUGCUCCCGCACCAUCGAGGAAGGACUAUUAUCCGUUCGGGAGAAACUUGCCAGCCGCUUCCCCCGGGAAGCCUCUCGGACGACGUGGCAACAGCAUCCCAAUGCGCCGGCUCAGGGUUAUGCAGAGGUGAACGGGAGUGCUGGAUAUUCGAAUAUCUCCACCAGCCGUGGAUACGCUGACGAAGGUAACGCAACGACGCCGCAUUCUGCGGUUCCUCAUGAUCACGCGGUGAACCUCCCGCCCCCACCGCAGUCGUUCUCGAUCAAUGACCCAAAUUACUUCAACUCUGAAAUUUUCUUCGACAACGAAUUUUGGUCAUUGUUUAUGGCCAACCUAUCAGAGGAAAAUGGUAUGUAUAUAGGAAGAUAGCAAAUAAUCUUUUCUGUUGUCCGUGAUAUAAUGACCUGUAGGCGUGUAGCA